CAUCACCCAGUGCCACGCUCGAAAUACUGGAGGAUGUUGGUUCAAGCACAGAACCUUCUUCUCCUCAGGAAAGUUUGUGCUCUGAAGCUUCGAGCACACCAUCUGAGUCACGGACGAUUCUCUUACUCACACACUCGCACUUUUGCAUUUACAUUCUCGCAAUCCUCGUUCCAACUCAGAAAAUGGCCAUGUUGCGCGCUGUUGGUAAACCAGGGUCAUGUUCGUACCUCUUAUUUCCAGAAUGUAGUAAAGCCUAACAUCGGUUGUGUUGGUGAGCAACAAAGUUUUUCUCUUCACCCUCGUCUCUUUCUGGUCACCGAUUUCUUUUUGACUGGCAUUCCCUCCUUCCCGGCCGGACGUCCGAGUCCUUUCUGUUCUCCAAGUGUCUUCUGCACUCCCCUGUUCCAUCCUCACCAUUCUACCCUUAUGUCUUCCCAACCUCUCCUUCACAAUUCAUCCACGCUUGUUCAUCCGGCUGAGCUACACACGCAUUCUUUUUUUUUUUCAUUUGGGAUGCUCCAAGCAUAAUAAACGACGCCUCUGAUCUGGCUCGGCAGUGCGGCAUGUUCGAGUAUAAUAUCGCUGAACCUCGUUCCAACUAUAUUCAUCCAUUUAAUCCGGCCGCUUUCUACCGAAUGAC